GGUGCCUACGCCAAGGAAACACUGCAGUUCUUCGUUGAGCGUCUGCAGGACAGCAUCAGGUAGAGGAUCCUAUUGAAGUUUCUUCUGUGAAGAUCAGUGCGUUUAGACACUGAAACGCCUAAUCUUGCUGAUUAGAAUCACGGUGCAGCUGAUCGUGUCAGUCGUAGCGUGAAAAGAAGAAAAAUGAUACGUCUCGUGUAUGUUGUUGCUCUUGUGACGCUGUCCUCCGCACAAUUUCAACCACAACCCAGUGGUCGGAUUCUGGAAUCGCCGAAUCCAGCACUUUGCGCACAGAGAACCAUCCAUCAACGAUUCAAUGGAAAAGGCUAUUAUUUUUCAUGGGCUGAUCCAAGAACGGCUGGACAGGAAGUGGACUGGCUGUCGGGUAGAAAUUUCUGCCGACAACGUUGCAUGGAUCUAGUUUCAUUGGAGACCUCCGCCGAGAACGAAUUCAUCAAGAGCCGCAUCGUUCAAAACAAAGUGAGGUACAUCUGGACCUCCGGUCGUCUCUGUGACUUCAAAGGUUGCGACAGACCGGAUCUGCAACCCCUUCAUAUUAAUGGUUGGUUCUGGACCGCCGAGUUGCAGAAGUUAGCACCCACCAACGAUCGCGCCCAAAAUGACUGGUCCGAGAGUGGCGGUCUCGGCAAACCACAGCCUGACAAUCGUGAGGCUAUUCAGAACGGCGCUCCCGAGAAUUGCUUGGCUAUCCUCAAUCAAUUCUACAAUGAUGGAGUGAACUGGCAUGAUGUAGCGUGUCAUCACAAGAAACCAUGGGUCUGUGAAGACAAUGAAUCCCUCCUGAGAUACGUUCGCUUUGCCAAUCCCAACAUUCGCAUAUAAUGGAAAAAAACUUUACAGAACGAUAGUUUUACUUUCGUUCAACUGAAUUUAAGCACCUAUAAAGUAACAAUGUUCAAAUGUGUGUCUACGCCAGAAAAGCGACUGAGUAGCAUAUAGAACAUCUUAUUUAUUACUAUUAUAAUAUAUUAUAACAUUUCAUACUAUUAUAAUGUUAUAAUAUUUCACGAGACCCCAUACAG